UGUCUCUGAUCUCCCGCCCCUUUCCGACAACGCUCCCUUCCUCUCUCUUACCCUAACGCCACGCACACACACACACACUCUCUCUCUCUCGCUUCUGAGCCACCCGAAGUCCGAUCCUUGGAUCAGCAUGCUCCACCAUCCGUCAGUCGACAGCGCCACCGCUGCGCCCAAGCGGGCGGCGCUACCCAAGAAGAGGGGCAGCUACAACUGUGGCCGCUGUGGCCUCCCCAAGAAGGGGCACACCUGCCCCUCCGCUGACGGCGGCCCCGCCCCGCUCCUCCCCCGAUCCGGCCACGGCCUCCGCCGCGCUCUUUUUUCCGACGAGGACCGGGCCUCCUUCGCCCUCGUUCCGGCGCUGGUGGACGAGGAGGUGGCUGGGAUGCCGGUGCCGGAGGUGGUUGAGGAGGAGGAGGAGGAGAAGGAGGACGACGAGGUGGACUGGACAGAGGAGGCGAUGAUCCUGCCGACGUCGUGCAUGGUGGAGGUCCUGAAGCGGCUGUCACCCAUGGAGCUGAUGCGAGCGGCUGCGGUGUGUCGGGGGUGGAGGGGUUGCGUGAGGAGGAUGUGGCGCUCCGCGGAGGAGCUCAGGCUUAGCGUUUCGCCUCGAUCGCAGAUCGGAUUCGUCGGAUCGCUGCUCCAAAAGUGCGCCGGAUUGUCGCGGCUUACGCUGAGAAUGGAAAGUGAUGUUGAUGCAACAAUGCUAGCCUGUGUUGUGUUCUCACUGCCUAAUCUAGAAGCUUUUGAGAUAAACAUGACCAAGAACACGGUCAACCGGAUAACUGGGAAUGAGUUGAGUCGUUUUGUUUCUGAGAAACGAUGCCUCACGACUCUUAAAGUUGAAGGCUGCACCAACAUUGGAUUUCUCAAUAUCUCUUCAUCAAGUCUAUCGACACUUUGGCUAUCAAAUCUUUAUUGCAUUUCAAAAAUGGUCUUUAAAUGCCCUAAUCUGAGAGAGAUUUCUCUUGAUUUUACUCGACAAGAAAAUGAUUCGACAGAUCUUGUUACAAUGAUGGAAAAUUUGGGGAGCAGCUGUCCAAGGCUAACAAAUAUCCAUAUUGCAUCAAUACAACUUUGCAAUGAAGCUGUUCUUGCUCUUACAAGUGCAAACCUGAGGUGUUUGCGUAUGCUAUCAUUGGUUCUUGGUUCCAGAAUCACAGAUGCUGCUGUGACUUCUAUAGUUUCGUGUUACACAAGUCUAGAGUUGCUUGAUUUGAGUGGGUCAAGCAUCAGCGACAGUGGGAUUCGCAUGAUAUGCAAAGUGCUUCCUGAGACUCUAUCCAGACUCCUGCUUGCACUUUGCCCAAAUAUUACUUCGAGUGGGAUCCAGUUUGCUGCAGUUCAGUUACCUCUUCUUCAGCUUAUCGACUGCGGGAUGAGCAUAAGUGAUACUGGUUAUCAUUAUGAAAGUUCCCAAGAAAAACUAUGUCCUAAUAUUGAAAGGAGUGGAGAAUAUACCAUGUGUCAGAAAUUAUCCACCAUGAAGUCACAACGGAUCUACCAAAAACUGAUUAUAAAACAUGCAAAUUUGAGGAAGCUCAGUUUAUGGGGUUGCUCGGGUUUGGAUGUACUGAAUGAGUUUGUUGCUGUUGAAAACCAUUUACCAUGUAAGAGACUAGCUGAUGGAUCAAAAAGGGUCCAGGUACCACUUUUCAUUCAGCAGAUAUCUGAUGGCAAGAAGCAGAAGAGAAGACAGAUGACGCAAUGCAUUGUUCAUCAUGUCUAAUCAGCAACUAGUAUAUGUAUCUGUUAGCCAAUAAUAGCAUACAAAAUCAAUUAGUUUCUUUUUUGUUAAGCCUUGGGCUGCUCUAAUCAGUAUAUGUCUGCCUUUUUAGACUGACUUUUGGAGUUGGGGGGGUUGAAAAGGAAUAAGACUGCUUACAAUAUCUUACAUUUCACUUGAAAAUAAAUGUUGAUUCAAUUAAACAUGACAAUAGCCUCCAAAGGUUUUAGCAUCAGGCAAGUUUAACUUACCACUAUGAUUUUUCAGCUUUAGAUUUGGUUUUUUGGUUUUUCAUCCAGUGUGGGUAAUGUAUAAAUGUUGAAUGGAAGCUUCUACCCUUGAAAGCCAAACAAACUUACUGUACCUGUAUGGUUUAUAAUUAAUUCACUUUCUCAGUUUAUCAUAGAUUGGCUAUCUUUUAUUUCAGUUGUAUCAAUGUCAUGGUUGUUCAUUGUUUGAUGAUAUCACAUUGUCAUGACAGAGCAGAAAACUCGAUCAGCUUCUACCUUUGCAGAAUCAUCAUCUCCACCCACUGAUGGAGUAAGAGCAUGAUGUGUCAUUUAAGAUACGUUUUUCAGAACACACUAUCUCUUGCACCUUGAGUUUCACUAAUGCCAAUGAAUCUGUACUUUCGUUCCCAUCCAAUCAAUAUGCAUUGGUAUAUGUUCAAUCUUUUCAAAUAAGAUAGAUCUUUGGUGUUACAUUGUGCCACUUAUAUUCUGAUGAGGCUUAUGAUAAUGUAUCUUCAACUUUAUACAAUCUGCAUUAUUGGGAAAACAAUGAUCCUCAUUGUUGUUGCUCAUUCUGAUACUGAUUGAAGUAAUUCUUUUGGUCAUCACAAAGCCAAUAUGUAAACUGUGAGCUCAAAGUUUGGUUUUCUAGCUGAAUAUGUGCUAGAUUUGUUGACUUCAUGAAGUCAGUCAGG